AGUCUGCGUUUCUUCCUGCGUGUCGGCCCAGGCCGGUGCCCUUGUCAAAGUGUCGAGGCGGCAUCAGUCCGGUGACUGCAAAUCUAUGGCGAGAGGGCAUCUGAUUGAAUGGGAACGAGAUUGAUUUCCAGUUGUGCUGGUGCGCAGCACAACUAGAUUAAACAGUAUCGGACACUUGUUAGGCUUAACAAAGAGGAUCCCACCUGCACGCCCACUGAUGCUCGCAUUCUGCACUCCCACCCCUCUGCUCUUCUCCCAGCCAAUGAGCGGGAAGCCCACCCGCACCGUGGCGUGGAGGCAGCCUGCCACCGGAGGAGGUGUGUCCGCCUCACCGCCUGAGCCAAAAUGUGUGUGCACACGAGUGUGAGCUCACACGCUGAAAGAAGCGGCCGAGGUGGAGGAGAAGUAGGAGGAGGAGGAGGAGGAGGAGAGUGGCGGAGAAAAGAAGCCAGGUGCUUUGACUCGUCCUCGCAAACACACAGAACACAGCCACGAAAGACAGUGAAGUGAUUGGUGUGUGUUUGCGCAGAGUGGGGAUCCUCUGAGGGAUGCGAGAGGGGAGCCGAGGAGCACGAGCGCGUUUCAGCCCCGCGGGGGAGCUCAGGCGCGCCAGCGAGCGUCUCACUCCGACGGACGGCGCGCCGUCUCCCUGGCAACCACGAUGGGCUGCAAUUUGUGCACCUUGCAGAAGCGGGAGGAGCACUACAAGCUGCUGUACGAGAUUGCGCAGGUGAACAGGCGUAACUUCUCCAAGGGGGAGCAGGAUGAGGCCGCGGUGGAGGGCACACGGCGAGACCCCAUCGUUGUCCAGGUCAUCCGACCCGUCACGCAGCACCAAGGCGGUCCGUCGCGGGAGGCGUGCGUGGCCGACGUGUGCACGCAAACCGACAUCACUUUCGAGCACAUCAUGGCGCUGGCCAAGCUCCGACCGGCGACACCGCCCGUGCCUGACGUCUGUCCCUUCCUUUUGUCUGACAGCUGCCAUUCUAUCCAAACUAUGGAACAUGAGUUCUAUGAAUGUCCCGAGUACCUGUCCAAUAUGCCGGCCGAAGUUGAGCGGACUGAAGAGUAUGUUUAUGAGGAAGUGGAGUUAUGCAAGCAGAACACUCAAGAGAAGCUUGGCCUAACCUUGUGCUACAGGACCGACGAAGAGGAGGAUAUCGCUAUUUAUGUCAGCAAGGUGGAGCCAAACAGCUUAGCCGCAAGAGACGGGCGCAUUAGAAAUGGAGAUCGUAUUCUACAAAUAAAUGGCCAUGCAGUGCAGGAUAGAGAGAAGGCGGUUUCCUUGCUGUCAGGAGAAAAUGCAAAGAGCAUCAUCCUGCUGGUGACAAGGCCGGAGACACAGCUGGAGGAUGAUGUAUGGCUAGAUGAUGAGCAACAGGAGCUGGUAAAGGAACUGAAGAUGGCGGAGGGGCAGAAGGAUCGUAACCUCAUGGAAGAUGAGCCUCAGGAGGAAAGGACAACCGACACACCUACCUAUUCAUCCAACAGCCAAGACAAAGACAGCGGGUUCGGGUGCAGUACAGACAGUCCCGAGCACCCACCGUUAUUGGCCAGAUUCUACAGGAGGAGUCCGGCUCAGUGUUUGAGGGAACAAUGGCGAACCCAGAAUCCACACAGCAGGCGAGUUGCUGUGCUAUCACAGGACGCCCAGAGGCAAAGGACAGUAACUAAAGGCCAAGGUUGUGAAGGGGUAGUGAGCAAUGGUGGAGGUGGAAUCUUGGGUUUGGAGAAUCACUUCCAGCAACUUCUGGAAGUUAAGUGUCAAAUACGCAAGGGCGUUGAGUGUGGGGUAUACUCCAUUCGACACAGUAUUGAGUGCAGCCUCACAGAGCAGGGAGGAGGGGAUGGAGAUAGCGCUGACGAAGCUGAGGAAGGUGAAGGGAUGGAGCAAGAGCUGAGAAUGUUAAAUGAAGAACUGCGGAGCAUUGAGCUGGAGUGUCAGAACAUUAUGCAGGCCCAUCAGCUCCGACAGGCCCAGGAGGCAGAAGCAUCGACGCCUCCUGCUUCCUCACCAGGUCGGAGGCUCAAGAGCCACGGCAAGCUGGCCGACAUCCACGAACACCCUCAAAGUGAUAAGACCCGAGAGAAAGACAGCUCCACUGCCUAUAACACAGCGGAGAGUGCACGGUCCACUCCGCUGGGUAGGGAGCGAUCUCCCGAGCACUCCCUGCAGAGACGCAUUAGCAUCGCCAACCAGAAGAACCUUCAAAUGGCCUCGUCAAAGCUCUCGAGCCCCAUUCCCAAGUCUCAGGGCUCACCGGACCAAGGUGUCCAAGCAGAUCCUUGCGCUGUUUUCUCCAGCAGCCCGGACCAGAGUAACCCCUCUCGAUCCGAGUCCGACCCGGCACUUCCUGCGGACGAUGAGCGCUGCGAGAGAAAGGGGAAAACCAAAGAUCUAAAAAGAAAACCACCGUUUGCCUCAUACCAAACCAGCCCUUACCACGGCUCGCUCGGAUCCCGGCAACUUCAGAGCUACAUGCAGCUGCUACAACAGCACUCUUCCUUGGAGUAUUCCCAGAGCCAGCUGAGUCUCCUCAGUGUCUGCCGGGAUCCACUGAACCGGAAUGGUCGCUCUGGGGAACCGCGUCUGGAGUGGAAGGUUAAAGUGAGGGCAGACGGUACUCGCUAUGUGGCCCGGAGGCCCGCUCGCGACCGCAUCCUGCGGGAGCGAGCGCUCAGGAUCAGAGAGGAGCGCAGCGGGGGAAUGACCACGGACGACGAUGCCAUGAGCGAGAUGAAGAUGGGUCGCUACUGGAGCAAAGAGGAGAGGAAGCAGCACCUGGCGCGAGCGAGGGAACAGAGGAAGAGGAGGGAGUUCAUGCAGAAAAGCCGCUUCGAGUGUCUGAAAGAGGGUCUGGCUGGCGGGGCCGAGGGCCACAAGGAGAUAAACAUCCUGGAGCUCAGUCACAAGAAGAUGAUGAAGAAGCGAAACAAAAAGAUUCUUGACAAUUGGAUGACCAUCCAGGAGCUGAUGAGCCACGGGGCGCGAGUCCCCGAGGACUCCAAAGUCCAUAACGCCUUCUUGUCUGUUACGACUGUGUAGGAAUCGUUUACAGUGCACUUGUUUUUUUUGUAACCUGUUGUUUGUGAAACGUAAGACAAUUGUUGCUGAGGACCUGUAGCAUUCCUUCACUUGAACACACUUUUGCAACCUCAGCCAUUUGACUGUUUAUCUGCUUUUGGUAAUAUGAAGAGAAAGUCUCAUUAUCAUACCAUAUACAGUAUGUUAUUGUGACUCCAUCUGAAGCUAAUUGCCUCAUUCAAGGCAACAUUUUUUAAUACUGGGGGGAAAUGGGAUAUUUUUCACAAUUUGUAAUCUCGCUACAAAACUUUUUUAUGGCCUUUUUUGUUUGUUUUUUACACUGAAUGUAAAUAGGUUGUUGUACUGUAAAUGAUUUACCAAAACUCUGGAGGUCAGAAAUGAUUGUAUACCAGAGAAAGGUGGGGAAAAAUGGGAAACUGAACAGCCUUCCCAGGAAAUUCCACUCCAAAUAGAAAAACACAAAAGAAUAUCCAUGUCAUCUCAAACUCCUGGAAACUUUUAAUUUUAGGGUUUACCUCGAGAAUCAAUCUAUUGCUACCAAGACCUGAGGACGUUUUGAGCAGGCCUUUAAAAAUUAAUUUGUGGGAUUUAUUUAAAAAGUUCAACACUCAUAUUUAUAUUGGUUACUAUUAUUUAUAUUUAUUGUAAAGUAUUAUUCUUAGUUAUUAUGAUUACAUGGCUACCUUUGGAAACAUUUAAAGUUGUCAAUAAAUGUCUCAUUUGUAGCCUUACUCAAAAAAAUAUGGCUUUGACUCAUUUAUUGGUAUUGAGUGACAUUUGUGAUGGGGAAAAAAAACCCAUUUUAAAUAACUUUUUAAGGACUGGUUUCAAGACAUUUCAGAUUGUAAGCAAUUGUUGAAUACAUCACAACAAUGUUAUACUGUAUGUCAAAGCAACUACGAAUGAUGCUAACAUUUUCUGGUAUUCUAUCGCCAUUUUUUUCAUGUCAAACAUUAUUGUUACUGGGGCUAAAAGAAGCGCAUCUCAGAGUUGUCCAGUUUGCAGCUUUUAUCCAAGACAGCGAGCUGAUCAAUGCAGUGCAAUCAGUUGCACUGUAAAGCAUAAUCGAGCCUAUUUGAGGGGUGAUUAGAACGCAUGAUGAUUGCUAAUUGAACACAUGGGAGCAUAAAACGGGAACUCUGCGAAUAGCGAUACCUUGGUUAUUACCUCCCCUGCACAGCCUUAACGGUUCCUGAUCUCCAUAUUAUUGCUUGCAGGAAAUCAAAAAAGUAUUUUUUUAUGAUGUUGCCGGGCUUGACAAGGCAUAAUCACGUCACUGCAGUUUGCGCGAUUCAUGCAUUUGCAGUGGGAAGACUGACUGCGUUGAUCUUAUACAAAGGGGUGGGGACGGGGGUCCAUAUAGCGCUUGGAGGCAUCUUCACUAAACUAUGCUUUCAUUUCAAAAUGUUAGGAAGAUGCCGGGGAAGUCUCCUCAUCCCCUGUCAAUCCGCCGCGUCCGUCCACAGCCCACUGAGCUGAAGAAUUAAUGAGACACAUCAGAGUGGUGCCUUUGUGCAUCACAUUAAAUCAGGUGCACUCUUUCACCCAACCACCCCUCUGCCCCCCCCCCCCCCAACCUGUCUCCAUGUGUGUGAUCAUCCAAGGACAGAGGGACAACUCUUUGCAAUCAAGUCCAUAUUUUGCCUGAUUAAUCUCAGCGAGAUUAGCACAGGUCUAUUCCUAUUUUUUGACACAUACUAUCCAAUAGAAAUGGGAAAUACAGUAUAACUAUAUUCGUAUCUACUGUAUGUGUCUCAUUCAUAUUCUAGCAGCCAAGUUGGUAGGGUGGCGC